CCCCGUGCCGAGUCCGCGCGUCAGUCGAUCCCGAGCGCGGCUGCGGGGCGGCGGGCUGCAGCCAGCAGAGCGCGCCGACCCGGGGAGGCGGUGGUGUCCGCGGGCGUCGCGUGAGGAGGCGCGGAGCCCGGAGACUCGAGCAGCGCGAUGGCCCCCAUUGGCCUCAAAGCGGUGGUCGGAGAGAAGAUCAUGCAUGAUGUGAUAAAGAAAGUAAAGAAGAAGGGAGAGUGGAAGGUGCUGGUGGUGGACCAGCUGAGCAUGAGGAUGCUCUCCUCCUGCUGCAAGAUGACGGACAUCAUGACGGAGGGGAUAACAAUUGUGGAAGACAUCAACAAACGCAGAGAGCCGCUGCCCAGCCUGGAGGCCGUGUAUCUCAUCACUCCUUCUGAGAAGUCUGUCCACUCUCUCAUCAGUGACUUUAAGGACCCACCGACCGCCAAGUACCGGGCUGCACAUGUUUUCUUCACUGACUCUUGUCCAGACGCCCUGUUUAACGAGCUGGUAAAAUCUCGAGCAGCCAAAGUCAUCAAAACUCUGACGGAAAUCAACAUUGCAUUCCUCCCAUAUGAAUCCCAGGUGUAUUCCUUGGAUUCUGCUGACUCUUUCCAAAGCUUUUACAGUCCCCACAAGGCUCAGAUGAAGAAUCCUAUCCUGGAGCGCCUGGCGGAGCAGAUUGCGACCCUGUGUGCCACCCUGAAGGAGUACCCAGCCGUGCGGUACCGGGGGGAAUACAAGGAUAAUGCUUUGCUGGCUCAGCUAAUCCAGGACAAGCUCGACGCCUACAAAGCCGAUGACCCGACAAUGGGGGAGGGCCCAGACAAGGCUCGCUCCCAGCUCCUGAUCCUGGACCGUGGUUUCGACCCCAGUUCCCCCGUGCUUCAUGAAUUGACUUUUCAGGCGAUGAGUUACGACCUGCUGCCUAUUGAAAAUGAUGUAUACAAGUACGAGACAAGCGGCAUCGGGGAGGCGCGAGUGAAGGAAGUGCUCCUGGACGAGGAUGACGACCUCUGGAUAGCGCUGCGCCACAAGCACAUCGCGGAGGUGUCCCAGGAAGUCACUCGUUCUCUGAAAGACUUUUCUUCUAGCAAGAGAAUGAAUACUGGAGAGAAGACUACCAUGCGGGACCUGUCCCAAAUGCUGAAGAAAAUGCCCCAGUACCAGAAAGAGCUCAGCAAGUAUUCGACCCACCUGCACCUGGCCGAAGACUGCAUGAAGCAUUACCAAGGCACUGUGGAUAAACUGUGCCGCGUGGAACAGGACCUGGCCAUGGGCACGGAUGCUGAGGGGGAGAAGAUCAAGGACCCCAUGAGAGCCAUCGUCCCCAUUCUGCUGGACGCCAACGUCAGCACUUACGACAAAAUCCGCAUCAUCCUUCUCUACAUCUUUUUGAAGAACGGCAUCACCGAGGAGAACCUGAACAAGCUGAUCCAGCACGCCCAGAUCCCACCAGAGGACAGCGAGAUCAUCACCAACAUGGCGCACCUCGGGGUGCCCAUCGUCACAGACUCCACUCUGCGUCGUCGGAGCAAACCGGAGCGGAAAGAGCGCAUCAGUGAGCAGACCUACCAGCUCUCCCGAUGGACCCCGAUCAUCAAAGACAUCAUGGAGGACACUAUUGAAGACAAACUUGAUACCAAGCACUACCCUUAUAUCUCGACCCGCUCCUCUGCCUCCUUUAGCACCACUGCUGUCAGCGCCCGCUAUGGGCACUGGCAUAAGAAUAAGGCCCCCGGGGAGUACCGCAGCGGUCCCCGCCUCAUCAUCUUCAUCCUGGGGGGCGUGAGCCUGAACGAGAUGCGUUGUGCUUAUGAGGUGACCCAGGCCAACGGCAAGUGGGAAGUGCUCAUAGGUUCUACUCAUAUUCUCACUCCCACCAAAUUUCUCAUGGACCUGAGACACCCCGACUUCCGGGAGUCCUCUAGGGUAUCUUUUGAGGAUCAGGCUCCAACAAUGGAGUGAGAGCCAAAGAAACAAAGAUCCACACACAUUCUCACCCCACAGAAACUGCUGGACACGCUGAAGAAACUGAAUAAAACAGAUGAAGAAAUAAGCAGUUAAAAAAAUUAAGCCACCCCUCCAAAACACACACCCUCUCCCCGAAGUGCUCGCAGCCCCGACCGCUGACCGCCAGCCACCUCGGUUACUUUGCUGCCCCUGCUCCCUCCGCCGCCCCCAGCUCUGCACGCCCGGCCGGCACUGGCGCCGCUGCGUCCUCGUGUUGGAUGAUGCCCUCUUCUCGUUUGAAACAAAAGAAUGCAUUGUGUUUUUUAAAAAGAGUAUCUUCUAUAUGUAUCCCAGAGGAGAAGCUCGGUGUAAGGGACCCACUGCUGGAGGGUUUCUGGAACUGCUUAGGACGAGUGGACACCUCCUCCCCGUUAGUCAUGAUUCCAUGACCUUGUACAUAGUCCAGUGUGACCUGUGCACCUUGCUUGCGUUUGGGAAGAUAGACGUUUGGGUGUUCUAAAAAACCCAUUUGGGGUUGUUCCCGUUCUUGUUGGGAAUCACUGAGAUGUCCGUUCUUGGAGUGUUUCAAACUGAGGAUUAAUCUGUUACCUUCAACUCCAGUUACUACCCCACAGCUGGCUCUCCUCCAGAUAAGCUUACAAGUGAAGCUCAGGUGACAUCAUGUGAGAUUUGAGCUCGAGCCAACCUAUGUUUCCGCGGAGGCUUGUUCCCCCUGGGGCUGGGGCCGGGGGUGUCCCGGGGAAUCAGGCUGGGUGCUGGCUGGCGUCCAGCCUGUCACACUGCCUCCCUGGCCUGUGGCCACGGCUCUGUGAUCUGAGGGAAGUUGUUCUGCCAUCUGUCACUGUGCCUGGAUGAGGAGGGGAGCAAGCUCCCGCUGAUCUUUUGGAGAAGCGGUUAGACCUGGUCCUUCUGACCAGACCGCAUCCUGCCCCAGGCAUCACCCCCAGCAGGGCUCCUCCUCCUCUGUGGGCCAGCCUGGGUGGGCUCAAGGGCGGGAAGGGGCCAGAACAGAAUGGGUUCUGCAGGCUUCUGGUCUGUGCCCCGGGCUUCAAAGAAGAGUAGCCCUUUUCCCACUCAGAUUCUCCUCAGUUUACCAUACUUCAUAAUACUUUGUUUUGUGUAGUUUGGGGUCUUAAGUCGUCGUGCUUGUAAGAGAAAACCAUCAUUUUAUUAUUCUCUGUAUAAAAACGUAGCUGUAUAAAACUUAGCUCUAAUGCAAAAAUUAAAGAGCAAAUGCAGGAAGGAUGUCUCGUCAUCCUCAGGACUUAGCAGCUCAUUCUCCGGUGGGGAGCACGCUCUUUGUUCUGCUGCUCUUGUCAUGAACUAUAACGACAGUGGAAGUCACAAAAACGUCCCGCACCCCGCCCCCACCCCGCCCCCUUUAACUCCUGCAGACCGUGUGUGUAUUACUGUCUCGUGACGUCGUUGCAAACGUGGUGUGUGCUAGUUCUUCGCGGCCCCCACUUCCCUUUCAGAAUACGCUCCUCACCCACCCAGUUAGAUGCAUCGUGGCGUUCUCCCCUCAAGGCUUUGAAAUCUCCCCUUUGCACUCAGAUUAGUUUUCAGGUCCAUGUCCCUUCUCCCCCUUACGAGCUCUGAUUUCCUUAGGACAGACUGUAGGUACCUGCCUUGGUUUGUUUCUUCCUGUUACUGCUUGUUUUGUUCCCUGCCCUUGACCAAACAAUGCUCAUGCUUCAGGACCUUGUUUGUCCAACCUGUUGGUUUUCCUUUCUCUGUUAUUUAUAUAAAAAUAAUUUAUCAAAAGAAUAUUUUAAAAAAAAAGUUAGUCUGUCUUGAAACUUGUUUACCUUGAAAUUAUCAGAAUCUCAGUGUUCGAAAGUAUUGAAGCACAAACAUAUAUCAUCUCUGUACCGUUCUGUACUAAAGCACUCGAGUCUAAUAAAUAAAUAAAUCAGCACCCAUCCACGGUGUCCAGGGUGA